AGACGACCUCCCCGGGACAGGCGGGGCGGGGUGCCUGGGGGGCGGGUGGCGACAGCUUUGGCGGUCAGCACGCGGCUCAAAUAGCCAGCGUCGCGACCGGAGCGGAGCCGGCACGGGCGCCCACCCCAUGGUGACGGCGGCGAGCGGGCGGUGCGGCGGCACUCCGGAGCGUCGGGGGCCCGACAGCUCCCCCGGGGGCUGUCCGCGGCGCCCCGCACGGCGACGGCGCCUGGGGACGGCGGCGGGGGAGAGCGCGCAGGAGCUGCAGGCUUUCCGGGACUACGGGGAGAGCUGGUACCGCUCCCGCAAGGGGCUGGAGGGCCGCUACCAGCCGCGAGAGUCGCUCGCCCGGCAGCCGCAGGUGACGGCAGAGGCGCGCUGCAAGUUGGUCAGCUGGCUCAUCCCCGUGCACCGGCAUUUCGGGCUCUCCUUGGAGGCGCUCUGCCUGGCCGUCAAUAUCCUCGACCGCUUUCUCGCCACUACCCCUGUGGCCGCCGACUGCUUCCAGCUCCUGGGGGUAACAGCACUGCUCAUCGCCUGCAAGCAGGUGGAGGUGCAUCCUCCUAGCGUGAAAGAGCUCCUCGCCCUCUGUUGCGACGCCUUUACCCGCCAGCAGCUCCGCAACCUGGAGUGCAUCGUCCUGCAUCGCUUGGACUUCGACCUGGCAGCGCCCACCGCCAGCUUCUUCCUGGAGCACUUCAGCCAGGUGCGGCUGGACGCUCGGGGGACUGACGCUCGGGAGGCGGCGGACGCCCGGAGCCUGGCGGCGGGCAUCGCGGAGCUCAGCCUGGCUGACUAUGCCUUCACCAAAUACGCGCCCUCUCUGCUGGCCGCCAGCAGCCUAGGGCUGGCGGACCGGCUCCUGCGCCACCGCAGCCCCCUAGACCUGCGAGUCAGCGGCUACCCGGAGGAGCUUCUUCGGGAUUGUAUGGACCAGCUUCAGCUCCUGGUGUCUCUGAACGGGCGGUCCCUGUCUCUCCUCCUGCCCUCAGAGGUGGGCCAAAAGUGCCCCUGGCUUGGGGAUGACCGCUGA